AGCAGAAAAAAAGAGAAAGGGCCACUGGCUGACUGUCCGCUCUGGAGACCGUGUGGUAGGCUAGCCCUCCAACCUCGGCAUUCUCUCUCCUCGCCAAACUUUUGUUGUUAAUCUUGAGGGAUUUGGGGUGAAAGAAGACAAGGGUCUUUCAUGACAGGCGGACAGUUUUGGCAGCUUUUUUGUCCAGCUGAAAGUGGUCUUUUUGUUAGGAUACUGAGAGGGCAUGUGAGGAAAGAGAUUUUCCCAGAAUACAGCUGACCAGGCUUAAGUUUUAGCCCUAGGGACAACCUAGAGAUACGGACAAGGGGAAAGCCAACCACUAUCAGAAGUGGUUGAAGCCAUCCCUCCCGACAAACCAUGGGAGACAAGUCUGGGAGCAAAGUAGCUGCUGCAAAAAACCAGAUCCAUCUCCAGGUAGUGAAGGGGCUGGAGGAUGUGGAUGUGUGUGAGAGGGAGGGCUGCACGUUCGAGGUGACCCUCAACCUGUCCUACAUAGCGGGCACGUGGACCAAGGACGGGGUCAGGCUAAAAUCCAAGCCCAGCUGUCACAUCGCUACCCAUAAGAAUAAACACACUCUCACCUUCACCCGGGUCACCGUAGGAGACACUGGCCUGUUCUCCUUCCAGACUGACGGGAGCCAAAACUGGAUCCAAACCUCAGGCCAACUCACUGUCAUAGCCAGAGACAUACAGAUUGUGAAGGAGUUGGAAGAUGAGGAAGUGACUGAGAGGCAGAGUGUGACCUUCCUGUGUGAGGUCAACUGUGAGGACGUGGACGGGCGUUGGUACAGCGACAACUCCCGGAUCAAACCCGGAGACAACGUCAAGAUCGGGCACGAGGGUAAAACUCACACCAUGUGCUUCAAGUCUGUAAGGCCAGCAAAUGCUGGGGAGAUAAAAUUCACUGCAGACAGGGUCUCCUCCUAUGCAACUCUCACGGUAAAAGAGCUGCCUGUGCAGAUAGUGAAGCCUCUGAGAGUGAAGAUUGCUAUGUACAAACACAAAGGACUGCUGGAGUGCCAGGUGUCCAGGGCCAACGCCCUGGUCAGGUGGUUCAAGAACAGGAAUGAGAUCCAACCCAGCAAGAAGCACCAGAUUGUUAGCAACGAUGUCUACAGGCAGCUGCACAUUGAUGACGUGGCCUCGUCAGACGAGGACACCUACACCUGUGAUGCUGGCGAUGACAAGACCUCCUGCCAACUGCUAGUGGAGGAGCAGGCGAUCAGCAUAGUGCAGGGGCUAAGGUCUGUGGAGGUGACCGAGCCCAGGGAGGCCCUGUUCCAGGUUGUGACCAGCCUGAGGGCGGGGAGGCCCCCAAAGUGGACCCUGGAUGGAGAGGUCCUGAUGGAGGGGCCUGAACUGAGCAUAGACCGGCAGGGCACACUGCACACCCUCUGCUUCAUCAGCACGGACAGCUCUAUGACCGGCCCUGUGCAGUUCAAUGCCGGGAAGAGCCGCUCCACCGCACAGCUCACCGUUAAGGAGCGCCCUCUGAAAGUGGUCCAGCCCAUGCCAGACGUGGAGGCUAAAGAGAACAGCUCGGUCACACUGAGGUGUCAGUUUUCCCCCUCCCCCAGGGUGGUGCGCUGGUACAGGGGCCGCACUGCCCUGCAGACAUCCAGCAAGUACAGCAUGAGGACGGAGAAGAGCCAGGCAGAGCUGACCAUCCAGGGCCUCAAGGAGACCGAUACUGGCCAGUACAGCUGCAUGGCUGGAGGGUCAAAGAGCACAGCCAAGGUCACUGUGGAUGUGCGAAGGCUAAAGCUCGUACGGCACCUAGAGCACGUAAAGGUGGAAGAGGAUAGCAGCGCCACGUUCACAUGUGAACUCAACUACGUGGUAGCCAAUGUGCAGUGGCUUCUGAACGACAACCACCUCAACGCCAACACUGUUACCAGGAUUCAGAACAUGGGCACCAUUCACAGCCUCACCAUCAAAAAUCUCCGCCCACAGGAGAGCAGGGUGACCUUCAAGGCUGGCCUUCUCACAGAGUCCACCUCCCUCAAGGUCAAAGAAAAGCCAGCAGUGUUCCUCAGGUCUCUAGAAGACAUGUCAGGGGAGGAGGAGGGGAAGGUGUGUCUGCAGUGUGAGACCUCUAAGGAAACGGUCACCCCCGUCUGGAGGAAGGAUGGUACGGUCCUGGCCAGCAGUGACAAAUAUGAGAUGCUCAUGUUUGGGAAGUCCUUAACGCUCAUCAUCCAUAGUCUGAGUAAGGAUGAUGCAGGCCACUACAGCUGUGACCUGGGCACCAGCCAGACCAAGGCCAAGGUCACUGUACAUGACAUUCACAUCACCAUCGCCCAGCGUAUGAAGACCGUCUCUGUUCUGGAGGGCGAGAGCUGCAGUUUCGAGUGCAUCCUCUCUCACGAUGUCAUCGACGAGCCCUCCUGGACCCUGAACGGUCAACUUGUGAUCAGCAACAGCCGCAUCCAGAUCGUAAACAAGGGUCGCAAAUACAAGAUGACGAUCAGAGACGCAACUAUGACUGAAGCUGGGGAUGUAGUCUUCUUCAUCAAAGACCUCAGCUGCAGGACCAUGCUGUUUGUCAAAGAGAAGCCAGUGCAUGUGUUCAGGGACAUGAUGAGCGUUAAAGCCACCCCAGGGGAGGACGCUGAGCUGAGCUGUGAGAUUACCAAGCCUGAGGCCUUCAUCCGCUGGCUGAAGAACGGCCAUCAGAUCAGGCACAGUCCCCCCAAGUACAAGAUUAGUGUGGAGAAGCACCUGGUACGGUUGGUUAUCACGAACACCUGUAUCAGAGACUCUGGGGAGUACUGCUGUGAGGCUGACGGCAUUGCCACCCGGGCCAAGCUGGAGGUCAGAGAGCUGCAGCACACAUUUGCUCGGGAGCUGCGGGACACACGGGCCGAGGAGAAGAGCAAGGUGAUGCUGGAGUGCGAGACGAGACUGCCGGCCAAGCGGGUGACCUGGCUGAAGGGCAUGGCAGAGCUCCAGGCGGGAAGGAAGUAUGUGAUGAAGCAGAAGGGCGUGGUCCUCUACCUCACCAUCAGCUGCCUGGAGAAGGUUGACACCGACGUGUACACCUGCGAUGUUGGCACCAUGCAGAGCCGGGCGCUACUGACCGUGCAUGGUCAGAAGGUGUUGAUCAUGGACGAGCUGGAGGAUGUUGAGUGUCUGGAGAAUGACACGGUGAUAUUCAGGUGUCGUAUCUGUCCCAGCGAUUAUGUUGGGGUCAAGUGGUACCUGGAUGAGACCUUACUGUACACCAAUGAGCUGAAUGAGAUCCAAGUGAUCCCGGGGGGCUACCACAGCCUCACGUUCAAACAACUGGCUCGUAAAGACUCGGGCACCAUCUCCUUUGAGGCAGGCGACAAGAGGUCCUACGCCUCACUGCUUGUUAGAGAGAGACGUCCCACCAUCACCAAAGCAUUGGAGGACUGUGAGGCCAUUGAGGGAGGCGGUUUGGUGCUGGUGUGUAUCACCUCUAAGCCAUGCCACAUCCUGUGGUACAAAGAUGGCUGCCUAAUGUGGAUUUCCUCGAGGUACUACGUCAGUCGCUCAGGUAACGAGGCCAGGCUUACCAUCAGGGAGGUCAGUAACAGCGAUGCUGGGGUGUACGAGUGCAGCGCUGGAUCGGUCAGCACCAAGGCUGUCGUCACUGUAAAAGCCAUUCCAGCUGAGUUCACCCAGCCGCUGCAGAGCAUGGAGGUAAAGGAGGGGGAGGACGUGACCCUUUCCUGUGAGUUCUCCCUGCCGGGGGUUGCGUUCCACUGGAGGAGGGGCUUGGAGACCCUCAGAGCUGGAGAGAGGUACCUGAUGAAGCAGAAGAAGUCCUUCAUUUCUUUGACCAUCACUGGCCCGAAGCCUCAGGACUCAGGAGAUUACACCUGUCAGUGCCGAGACCACAGAACCACAGCCAGCCUCAAAGUCCACGCCAUCCCCAUCUCCUUCACACAACAGUUGAAAAAUGUUCAGGCUAAGGAGGGCAACAGUUUUACGUUGCGCUGUGAGCUUUCUAAACCAGGAGUCCCUGUAGAGUGGAGGAAAGGGGAGGAGCUGUUAAAGAAUGGAGUGAAGUUCCAGAUAAGGAAGAGAGAGACCAUAUCGGAGCUUCAGAUAUGGAAAACUGUGCCUGAAGACAGUGGAGUCUACAGCUGUGAGUGUGCAGACCAAAAGACCACAGCCACCGUCAAUAUCAGCGCACUGCCUGUUACCUUCAAACAAAAGCUGAGGAACGUGCAUGUUGAGGAGGGGAACAAUUUGGUGUUACACUGUGAGCUCUCUAAACCAGGAGUCCCUGUAGAAUGGAUGAGGGGAGGAGAGGAGCUGCUGAACAACGGAGAGAAGUUUCAGAUAAGACAGAGAGAGUUGGUGAAUGAACUGAAGAUAAUAGAUGCCAAACCUGAAGACAGCAAUAUCUACACCUGUGUUUGUGGCAGUGUGGAAACCACAGCCGGUGUUACAGUCACAGCAAUUCCCAUCACUUUCAAGCAAAAGCUGAGGAACCUGCAGACUGAGGAAGGGAACACCAUCUCGCUGCACUGUGAGCUGUCUAAAGCAGGGGUGCCAGUGGAGUGGAGGCUGGGAGGAGAGAGGAUACUCCAGAAUGGAGACAAAUACCAGAUCAAGCAGACAGACUCAGCACUGGAACUCCUCAUCAGGGAGGCUCUGCCAGAGGACAGUGGAGUCUACAGCUGUGUGUGUCGAGACAAGAAGACCAAGGCCACUGUCAAAGUCAUUGCUGUACCUGCCACCUUCAAAGUGGGUCUGAGGAACCAGGAGGCCCCAGAGGAGGGCAGCAUAACCCUGCACUGUGAGCUGUCUAAGGCUGGGGUCUCAGUGGAGUGGUGGAGGGGGGAGACAGAACUGUCCCAAGACCUGUCUGGAGGAAAGUACCAGAUGAAACUGGAUGGGAAAAUAGCUGAGAUGACCAUUACCAAUGUGCAACCGGAGGACAUAGGGAAGUACAGCUGUGUCACUGGAGACCAGAAGACCACCGCUGAAGUUAAAGUGCAGGCUCUCCCUGUAAUGUUCACACAAGAGGUCCAGAACGUGGUGAUCAAAGAGGGGGACAGUGGGGAGUUCUGGUGUGAGCUCUCCAAGCCUGGUGACCCAGUGGACUGGAGGAGGGGCAGAGUCAUCCUGAAGUCUGGAGACAAAUAUGAGAUGAAGCAAGAGGGACGUAUCACUAAACUGCUCAUCCAUAACGUGGAGGAGAGGGAUGCUGGGAAAUACACCUGUAAGAGUAGAGAUGCCAAGUCAACUGCUGAACUGACCGUGAUGGGCCUACCCCCCACUUUCAAAGAACAGCUGAGGAACAUGGAAGUUGAGGAGGGUAAGACUGUGACGCUACACUGUGAACUGUCUAAAGCAGCAGCCUCAGUUGAGUGGAAGAGGGGAGCAAAGCUGUUGAAGAAUGUAGGCAAGUACCAGAUGAGGAUGAAAGAUUUACUGGUGGAAUUGAAGAUUAUCGACGCAAAUCUGGAGGACAGUGGGGUUUACGCCUGUAUUUGUGGCGAACAAAAGACCACAGCAACUGUUACAAUAAAGGCUCGCCCUGUCACAUUUAUAGAAGAGUUGAGGAACGUUCAGGUUGAGGAGGGCAACACUGUGACGUUGUGCUGUGAGCUGUCUAAACCAGGGAUGUCAGUUGAAUGGAGGAGAGGAACAGCUCUCCUGCAGAACGGAGAGAAGUACCAGAUGAAGCAGAAAGAUGCAACGUUGGAGCUGAUCAUCAGGAAAACCUUACCUGAGGACAGUGGAGUCUACAGCUGCGUGUUGGAAGACCAGCAAACCUUUGCCACCAUCAUUAUCACUGCCAUCCCAGUCACUUUCAAACAGAAGUUGAAAAACCAAGAGGCUCUAGAAGAGGGCAGCGUGACGUUGCGCUGUGAGCUGUCUAAACCAGGGGUCCCUGUGGUGUGGCUGAAGGGAGAGGAGCUGCUGAGGGAAGGGGAGAGGCACCAGAUGAAGCAGGAGGGCAGGACCGUGGAGAUGGUCAUCAGGAAUGUGGUCCUUCAGGAUGCUGGGGAGUACAGCUGUGUCACAGCCUGCAACGUCAAGACAGCAGCUGAUAUCAAAGUUAGGGCUCUCCCAGUAAUGUUCACACAAGAGGUCCAGAACGUGGUGAUCAAAGAGGGGGACAGUGGGGAGUUCUGGUGUGAGCUCUCCAAGCCUGGUGACCCAGUGGACUGGAGGAGGGGCAGAGUCAUCCUGAAGUCUGGAGACAAAUAUGAGAUGAAGCAAGAGGGACGUAUCACUAAACUGCUCAUCCAUAACGUGGAGGAGAAGGAUGCUGGGAAAUACACCUGUAAGAGUAGAGAUGCCCAGUCAACUGCUGAACUGACCGUGACAGCUCCUCCCGUCACGUUCAAGGUGAAGUUGAAGAACCUGGAAGUUGAGGAGGAGAACAGUGUGACGUUAUUCUGUGAGCUCUCUAAACCAGGACUGACGGCAGAGUGGAGAAAAGGAGAGGAGCUGCUGAAGAACGGAGUAAAGUACCAGAUAAAGAAGAGAGAGGCAACAAUGAAACUGACAAUAAGGAAUGCAGUGCUUGAGGACACCGGAUUCUACAGCUGUGUUUACGCAGAAGCCAAAACUACCGCCACUGUCAACAUCACCCCCAUUCCUGUCACCUUCAAGAUGGGUCUUAAGAACCAGGAGGCCUCAGAGGGGGGCAUCGUGACCCUGCGCUGUGAGCUGUCUAAAGCUGGGGUCCCGGUGGAGUGGUGGAAAGGGGAGGAGGAGGUGAGCCCUGGAGGAAGGUACCAGAUGAAGCUGGAGGGAAAGAUAGCGGAGUUGCACAUUAAAAACAUCCAGCCAGAGGACGUGGGGGAGUACAGCUGUAUAUUCGGAGAUCAGAAAACCACUGCUGAAGUCAACGUGAGAGCUGCUGCCUCAGUGUUCUUUGAGAAGGAGCUAGAGAGCAAUGUGGUGAUGGAGGGGAAGUCCGUGGUCCUCUCCUGUGAGGUCUCCAGUGCCACUGUCCCCGUCACCUGGAAGAAGGAUGCCUGCCUGGUCACAGAUGGGGAGAGGUGCAUUGUAAAAAAGAAAGGUCCCGUUCACACCCUGGAGAUCAAGAAGCUGAGUCUGGCGGAUGCCGGGGAGUACAGCUGCAUCACUAGGGGAAAGAAGACCACAGCCAUGCUGGUUGUGAAAGAGCGUGUGAAAAUAUUGUCCGGACUGAAGGACAUGAAGAUCACAGCCGGGCAGGACGCAGUGUUUGUGUGUGAGCUGUCCCACGCCGAGGUGAGUGAAGGCGAGUGGUGGCUGGGCUCCAGCCCCCUGCAGAAGAAUGAAAUGAACCAGAUGAGCUUUGAGGGCCGCCAGCACCGCCUGGUAUUGACCAUGACCACCCCGGAGGAGACCGGGACCGUGGCCUUCGUGGUUGGGGAGGAGAGAACCUCUGCCCAACUGCUAGUUGUCCCCAAAUCCAAAGUACUCAUUGAGAAGAAGCCCCAGGACAUUGACAUCAUGGAAGGGGAGACGGCCACCUUAUCCUGUAUGACCUCUGACCUCACUACCCCUGUCACAUGGAGAAGGAACAACAUGCCCCUACUGAACAGAGACAAGUAUGAGACGCGUAAGAAGGGCAAGCUCAACCUCCUGCUCAUCCAUGAGACGGAACCAGAGGACUCUGGGAUAUACUCCUGUGACACUGGAGACAUGCAGAGCGAUGCCAAUCUGACUGUCAAUGAGCUACCACCGUACUUCGAGGAGGAGCUGCAGGCUGUGGAGGCUGAGGAGGGUGGCACAGCCUUUCUGUUUUGUGAGCUGUCUAAGCCCGGAAUCCCAGUCCAGUGGAGGAAGGGCCGGCUGCCUCUCCGGCCCAACAGGAAGUACCAGAUGAAGCAGGACGGCUGUGUGUUUCAGCUACACAUCCUGGAGCUGAAAAGGGAAGACAGCGGAAGCUACACAUGCCAGGCAGGUUGUGUGGAGACCACCGCCUCUGUGUCUGUGAAAGUUAAAGUACUCAUUGAGAAGAAGCCUCGGGACACCGUCAUCAUGGAAGGGGAGACAGCGACCUUAUCCUGUACGACCUCUGACCUCACUACCCCUGUCACAUGGAGACGCAACAACAUGCCCCUACUGAACGGAGACAAGUAUGAGAACCGUAAGGAGGGCAAGCUCAACCUGCUUCUCAUCCAGAAUGUGGACCCAGAUGACUCUGGGAUAUACUCCUGUGACACUGGAGACAUGCAGAGCAGCGCCAAUCUGACUGUCACAGAGCUGGCUCCAUACUUUGAAGAAGAGCUGCAGGCUGUGGAGGCUGAGGAAGGAGGCACGGCAUUCCUUUCCUGUAUGCUGUCUAAGCCUGGAGUCCCAGUCCAGUGGAGUAAGGGCCGGCUGCCUCUCAGGCCCAACAGGAAGUACCAGAUGAAGCAGGACGGCUGUGUGUUUCAGCUACACAUCCUGGAGCUGAAGUCCGAGGACAGUGGCAGCUACUCGUGCCAGGCAGGUUGUGUGGAGACCACCGCCUCUGUGUCUGUGAAAGUUAAAGUACUCAUUGAGAAGAAGCCCCGGGACACCGUCAUCAUGGAAGGGGAGACGGCGACCUUAUCCUGUACGACCUCUGACCUCACUACCCCUGUCACAUGGAGACGCAACAACAUGCCCCUACUGAACGGAGACAAGUAUGAGAACCGUAAGGAGGGCAAGCUCAACCUGCUUCUCAUCCACAAUGUGGACCCAGAUGACUCUGGGAUAUACUCCUGUGACACUGGAGACAUGCAGAGCAUCGCCACUCUGACUGUCACAGAGCUGGCUCCAUACUUUGAAGAAGAGCUGCAGGCUGUGGAGGCUGAGGAAGGAGGCACGGCAUUCCUUUCCUGUAAGCUGUCUAAGCCUGGAGUCCCAGUCCAGUGGAGGAAGGGCCGGCUGCCUCUCAGGCCCAACAGGAAGUACCAGAUGAAGCAGGACGGCUGUGUGUUUCAGCUACACAUCCUGGAGCUGAAGUCCGAGGACAGUGGCAGCUACUCGUGCCAGGCAGGUUGUGUGGAGACCACCGCCUCUGUGUCUGUGAAAGUUAAAGUACUCAUUGAGAAGAAGCCCCGGGACACCGUCAUCAUGGAAGGGGAGACGGCGACCUUAUCCUGUACGACCUCUGACCUCACUACCCCUGUCACAUGGAGACGCAACAACAUGCCCCUACUGAACGGAGACAAGUAUGAGAACCGUAAGGAGGGCAAGCUCAACCUGCUUCUCAUCCACAAUGUGGACCCAGAUGACUCUGGGAUAUACUCCUGUGACACUGGAGACAUGCAGAGCAGCGCCAAUCUGACUGUCACAGAGCUGGCUCCAUACUUUGAAGAAGAGCUGCAGGCUGUGGAGGCUGAGGAAGGAGGCACGGCAUUCCUUUCCUGUAUGCUGUCUAAGCCUGGAGUCCCAGUCCAGUGGAGUAAGGGCCGGCUGCCUCUCAGGCCCAACAGGAAGUACCAGAUGAAGCAGGACGGCUGUGUGUUUCAGCUACACAUCCUGGAGCUGAAGUCCGAGGACAGUGGCAGCUACUCGUGCCAGGCAGGUUGUGUGGAGACCACCGCCUCUGUGUCUGUGAAAGUUAAAGUACUCAUUGAGAAGAAGCCCCGGGACACCGUCAUCAUGGAAGGGGAGACGGUGACCUUAUCCUGUACGACCUCUGACCUCACUACCCCUGUCACAUGGAGACGCAACAACAAGCCCUUACUGAACGGAGACAAGUAUGAGAACCGUAAGGAGGGAAAGCUCAACCUGCUUCUCAUCCACAAUGUGGACCCAGAUGACUCUGGGAUAUACUCCUGUGACACUGGAGACAUGCAGAGCAGCGCCAAUCUGACUGUCACAGAGCUGGCUCCAUACUUUGAAGAAGAGCUGCAGGCUGUGGAGGCUGAGGAAGGAGGCACGGCAUUCCUUUCCUGUGAGCUGUCUAAGCCUGGAGUCCCAGUCCAGUGGAGUAAGGGCCGGCUGCCUCUCAGGCCCAACAGGAAGUACCAGAUGAAGCAGAACGGCUGUGUGUUUCAGCUACACAUCCUGGAGCUGAAGUCCGAGGACAGUGGCAGCUACUCGUGCCAGGCAGGUUGUGUGGAGACCACCGCCUCUGUGUCUGUGAAAGUUAAAGUACUCAUUGAGAAGAAGCCCCGGGACACCGUCAUCAUGGAAGGGGAGACGGCGACCUUAUCCUGCACGACCUCUGACCUCACUACCCCUGUCACAUGGAGACGCAACAACAAGCCCUUACUGAACGGAGACAAGUAUGAGAACCGUAAGGAGGGCAAGCUCAACCUGCUUCUCAUCCACAAUGUGGACCCAGAUGACUCUGGGAUAUACUCCUGUGACACUGGAGACAUGCAGAGCAGCGCCAAUCUGACUGUCACAGAGGUGCCUCCAUACUUUGAGGAGGAGCUGCAUGCUGUGGAGGCUGAGGAAGGGGAAAUGGCCUUCCUGUCCUGUGAGCUGUCUAAACCUGGAGUCCCAGUCCAGUGGAGGAAGGGCCGGCUGCCUCUCAGGCCCAACAAUAAGUACCAGAUGAAGCAGGACGGCUGUGUGUUUCAGCUACACAUCCUGGAGCUGAAGCCUGAUGACAGUGGCAGCUACACGUGCCAGGCAGAUGGUGUGGAGACCACCGCCUCUGUGUCUGUGAAAGUUAAAGUACUCAUUGAGAAGAAGCCUCGGGACACCGUCAUCAUGGAAGGAGAGACUGCCACCUUAUCCUGUACGACCUCUGACCUCACUACCCCUGUCACAUGGAGACGCAACAACAAGCCCUUACUGAACGGAGACAAGUAUGAGAACCGUAAGGAGGGCAAGCUCAACCUGCUUCUCAUCCACAAUGUGGACCCUGAUGACUCUGGGAUAUACUCCUGUGAUACUGGAGACAUGCAGAGCAGCGUCAAUCUGACUGUCACAGAGCUGCCUCCAUACUUUGAAGAAGAGCUGCAGGCUGUGGAGGCUGAGGAAGGGGGCACAGCCUGCCUGUCCUGUGAACUGUCUAAGCCUGGAGUCCCAGUCCAGUGGAGGAAGGGCCGGCUGCCUCUCAGGCCCAACAGGAAGUACCAGAUUAAGCAGGACGACUGUGUGUUUCAGCUACACAUCCUGGAGCUGAAGCCCGAGGAUAGUGGCAGCUACACGUGCCAGGCAGGUUGUGUGGAGACCACAGCCUCUGUGGCAGUAAAGCCUCCCCCAGCGAAGAUAGAACCUCCCAAGACAAUGCCUCCCACGAAGGCUGCCUCUCCCACGCCUCCACCAGGGCCAAAGAAUCGGGGCAUGAUCCGGGCAUCCAUUGUGGGGUCAGAGAAAGACCUGGAGCCUGAGGCAGAGACAGUGGUAGACCUACAUAAUAAACAGUUAUUAAGGUCUAUGGGUAAGGAGAAUAAGGUAGAACAGCAGGAGAAACAGCAAGUGAAAAAACCAGUAAGGGCUAUGGUGAGGGACACAGACGAAAAAAAUCCAUUGAAGUCUAUGGUGAAGGAGAUUGAAGUAGACCACAUGAUGAAACAGCCAGUGCCCCCAGCGAGACAAGCGUCUAUAGUGUCGGAUGAUGCGGUAUACGAGGUGAGGAAACAGCCAGUUCCACCAGCGAGACGAGCAUCUUUAAUGUCAGAGGCUGAGGUAGACGAGGUGAGGAAACUGCCAGUUCCACCAGUGAGACAAGCAUCUUUAAUGUCAGAUGCUGAGGUAGACGAGGUGAGGAAGCAGCCAGUUCCACCAGUGAGACAAGCAUCUAUAAUGUCAGAUGCUGGGGUAAACGAGGUGAGGAAGCAGCCAGUUCCACCAGUGAGACAAGCAUCUUUAAUGUCAGAUGCUGAGGUAGAUAAGGUGAGGAAGCAGCCAGUUCCACCAGUGCGACAAGCAUCUAUAAUGUCAGAUGCUGGGGUAGACGAGGUGAGGAAACAGCCAGUUCCACCAGAGAGACGAGCAUCUGUAUUGUCAGAUGCUGGGAUAGACCAAGUGGUGAAACAACCAGUUCCGCCAGCGAGGCGAGCAUCUGUAGUUUCAGUUUCAGAUGCUGGGGUAGAAGAGGUGAGGAAACAACCAGUUCCACCAGAGAGACGAGCAUCUGUAUUGUCAGAUGCUGGGAUAGACCAAGUGGUGAAACAACCAGUUCCGCCAGUGAGACGAGCAUCUGUAUUGUCAGAUACUGGGAUAGACCAAGUGGUGAAACAACCAGUUCCGCCAGUGAGACGAGCAUCUAUCGUGUCGGAUGUUGGGGUAGAUGAGGUGAGGAAACAGCCAGUUCCGCCAGCGAGGCGAGCAUCUGUAGUUUCAGUUUCAGAUGCUGGUGUAGAACAGGUGAGGAAACAGCCAGUCCCACCAGAGAGACGAGCAUCUGUAUUGUCAGAUGCUGGGAUAGACCAAGUGGUGAAACAACUAGUUCCGCCAGUGAGACGAGCAUCUAUAGUGUCGGAUGUUGGGGUAGAUGAGGUGAGGAAACAGCCAGUUCCGCCAGUGAGGCGAGCAUCUGUAGUUUCAGUUUCAGAUGCUGGGGUAGAAGAGGUGAGGAAACAACCAGUUCCGCCAGCGAGACGAGCAUCUGUAGUGUCGGAUGCUGGGAUAGAGCAAGUGGUGAAACAGCCAGUACCACCAGCGAGACAAGCAUCUGUCAUGUCGGAUGCUGGGAUAGAGGAAGUCGUGAAACAGCCAGUUCCACAAACGAGGCAAGCAUAUGUAGUGUCGGAUUCUGGGAUAGAGGAAGUCGUGAAACAGCCAGUUCAACCAGCGAGACGAGCAUCUGUAGUGUCGGAUGUUGGUGUAGAUGAGAUGAGGAAACGUCCAGUUCCAGCAGCGAGGCGAGGAUCUGUAGUUUCAGUUUCGGAUACUGGGGUAGACGAGGUGAAGAAACAGCCAGUUCCACCAGUGAGACAAGCAUCUAUAAUGUCAGAUGCUGGGAUAGACGAGGUGAGGAAACAGCCAGUUCCCCAAGCGAGAAGAGCGUCUGUAGUGUUGGAUGCUGGUAUAGACCAAGUGGUGAAACAGCCAGUGCCACCAGUGAGACGAUCAUCUAUAGUGUCCAAUGAUGGGGUAGAACAGAUGGUUAGAUCUGUUAGAUCUAAAAAGAAGAUAGAUAUAGAAAUAGGCCAUCAAGAGAAACAUCCAGUGAAGUCUAUGGUGAAGGAGACAGAGAUAGAACAGAGGGAUAAACAGCCAGCAAGGUCUACAGUGCAGGAGACUGAAAAACCCAAGAUGGUGGAGGAUGAUAACCAACUCCAUAUCUCAGAGGAUGAGUCCUUUACCGAGGCCCCCACCCAGGUAACAGUCAACCAGAAGACCAGCAAGCCUGUAGUCGCUGUUGCUGGAGUUCCCAAGGGGCUACAGGUGACUCAGCAAGUUGACGAAAUUGCACUUGACAGUGUCGAGGACGAACAUGAGAUGUUGGAAGCUGCCAUCAAGAUCCAGGCAGCUUUCAAGGGAUACAAGACCCGCAAAGACAUGCGGCCCGUCUUCAAGCAGGUGUUUAAGAACCAGAAUGUUGAGACCAAUGGUACCAUCCAGCUGGAAUGUAAGGUGGAAGGGAAGCUCAACGCAGUACGUUGGCUGAAGAACAGCCAGGAGGUCAUAGGAGACCAACGCCACCGCAUGAACACCUCAGAGGAUGGCGUCUGCACACUGGUGAUCAUCAACAUGUCAGCCAUAGACACUGGGGUCUAUACCUGUGAGGUGGUCAACACGUUUGGUGUGUCCUCAUAUAAUGGUAACAUUACUGUGGGUGAACCUCAAAAGCCUCCAUCAUCUACCCAGAGGCCCGCAGACCCAGCCCAGCCCUCCACCCCUUCUGUGCACCCAGUCCUCGCCUCCAUUGGCCCUCUCCAGCCAGCCCAGACCUCCACCCUUGGGAAGGAGACUGUGGAUUCUGUGGAGUGUGAGGGGAUCUCCCUGUGGCAGGCCUACAAUCUGACCGAGGAGGAUCCCUGCAUGACCUUGCAGGAGAGGAGGAGGGCCUCCCUUAUCGCCGCCAGCUCUAUGUCUAGUCCCUCUGACUACGACACAGCUCCAGAUUUCAUAGAGCCUGCUGACAUAAUCCCCAAAGAUCACCCCAGGGAAAAGGAAGCCAUUAAGUCAGAGGACCAGUUAUCCAAUAAGGAGGAUAAAGAACAGAAAGUCACGCCUCAACCACCGAGGCAUUUGAAGGUCAAAGUACCUGAUGCCAUGUUGAGGACUCCAUCCCCCAAACACUAUCAUUCCCACACACCUGCUGCUCUUACAGGCUCUGGCUCGGAGUCAGAUUGUGACGAGGAUAGAAUAGAGACAUUUGAUAUAUACGUGGCCAGAGCUAACUGCAGUCCUCAACAAGGUGGCAACAAGGAGAGCUUUGUGUUGAAGGAGGGUCAGUACGUGGAGGUCUUGGACUCUGUCCACCCGGAGAAGUGGCUGGUCCGCACCAAGCCCUCCAAGACCACCUCCUCACGCCAAGGAUGGGUCUCUCCUGCAUACCUGGAGAAAAAGAGAAAGGAGACAUUCCCACAAAUGAGGACACCACAACAGGAGCUGGAUGUACCAGGGUCUACAGGGGAGAACUACAGGAGAACACUAAGCCAAUUAAUCCAGGGGCUGAUUGAUGGGGAGGAAGAGUUUGUGAAGGAGAUGAAGGAAUUCAUGUCCCACCACCUGCACCACUUAGACACCAGCCCUCAUGUCCCUAUCAACAUCAUCAACCAGAAAGAAACCAUCUUCCGCAAUAUAAAGGACAUCGUGGCUUUACACGAGAGAUCUAUUCUGCCCAGUCUGAGUGAGUGUUCUACUGACGAUGACGUGGCCAUGCAUCUGGUCAAACAUGCAGUGGACUUUGAGAAGUAUCUGCAGUACAUGGUGGGCCAAUCACAGGCAGAGGCCUGUGUCACUGACAAGACCAUCCAGCAGAACUUCAAGCAAAACACGGAAACAGAGCCUGAGCACCCCCCCUUAACUGCAGUCCUGGAUGUCAUCACCUUCUUACAGAGACCAGUGGAGAGGAUUCAGACCUACCAGGCCUUGCUUAAGGAACUGAUCAAGAACAAGGCUAAGUGUGCGAAAAGCUGCCUUCUACUGGAGGAUGCCUUCUCCAUGGUGUCCUGUCUGCCCUGGCGCUCUGACAACCUACACCAGGUGUCUCUGAUUGAGAACUACCCUGCCCCACUCACUGCACUAGGAGAACCUGUCCGCCAGGGUCCUUUCACUGUGUGGGAGGAGUCUCCCGAGAUCAAGACGUCCUCCAGGGGCCACCAGAGGCAGGUGUUCCUCUUCAAGGAAUGUGUCUUGCUAUGUAAGCUCAAGAGAGACCCUGGCAUGAACUCUGACACCUACGCCUUCAAGAACAAGAUGAAGCUGAAUGAUGUGGAGGUGAAGGAGACGGUGGGGGGAGAUGAGAAGUCCUGGGGGCUGUGGCACGAGCACCGGGGCUCAGUGAGGAGGUACACACUGCAGGGUCGCUCCGCCCUGCUCAAGCUGUCCUGGCUCAAAGACCUGAGAGAGCUGCAGCAACGCUCCAGCCUGACUGCCAGCAGUCCACCAGAGUUUGAAGUUCUCCUGGAUGGCUGCACCACGAAGAUCGGGCAGACAAUCAAACUGGCCUGCAAAGUCACAGGAACACCCAAACCAGUGGUCAGCUGGUUCCAAGAUGGCCUGGCCCUAGAGGAUGGCCCCCACCACAUCAUCACUGCAGACCGGGCAGGCACCUGCUGUCUCAUCAUGGAUGGGGUCACUCCUGAGGACUCUGGACAGUACUUGUGCUAUGCUUCCAGCUCUGUGGGCCAUGCUAGCACACUGGCCAAGAUAGUGGUGGAUGCACCCCCCAGAUUCAUUACCAGGCUGCAGAGUGCAUGUCUGCUGGAGGGAGAGGACAUCAAGUUUAGCUGUUCCACACACAGUACUCCUUUACCCCGAGUCAGUUGGUUUAAGGAUGGCAAAGAGCUGACAGACCAGAGGAAGUACCACAUAGAGAGUGAUGCCCGCAGUGGGAUCCUCACGCUCACCAUCAUGAACCCUGGAGAGACAGACCUGGGACAGUAUAAGUGUGAGCUGUGGAACAAGUUGGGCAGUGCCAAGAGUGAGGCAGAGAUGUGCUCCGCCUUUGCACAAGUGAUGGACAGUGAGCCUGACCAACCACAGGCCAUCUUGAUCCAAGACUCCGACUCAGAGGGCUGGUCCACUGCCAUGGUGAAGCAAUGGCUGCAGACAGACUUCCACCCCACCUCUGUUGUCAAAAUGCUGUUCCAGCCUGGAUACCCUCAGCCAGCCGAGGGUAGCCAAGAGGAAAGGGACCCUACCGCCAGAGGACACGUGGCGGCUCCACAGUUCCCCACUGAGCUUGAGGAGAGACCUGAGGUUGAGGAGGAACUUUAUGUUCCUGAGGCCAUAGAGGAAAUGCCAACAGCUCCUCCCUCCAUCCAGGUGCCGGUUGAGGACCUGUGUGUGGAGCCUGGUCAAUCAGCUACCUUCACCAUCAUCAUCACAGGAAGGCCCACCCCCGAGAUUCAGUGGUACAAGGAUGGAGAGGAGCUGUUGGCCAAUGAGAAUGUGGAGGUUGUCCAGAAUGGUGCCCGCUGCUCUCUGACUGUGCUGUGCCCGGAGAGCGAGGAUGGUGGCAUCUACACCUGCUGGGCCUAUAACGACUUAGGACACACCUCCUGUCAGGCUCAGCUGACAGUGGAGGAGGGUCCACUGGAGUCGCAGGAGAGAGAGGUGGAGCUUGGGAAGAGGAGGAAGCUGCUGUCUGUGUAUGACGUCCAUGAGGAGAUUGGGAGAGGCACGUAUGGGGUGGUAAAGCGGGUUACCCACAGGAGGACGGGUGAGGGCUUUGCCGCCAAGUUCGUGCCCCUGAGGAGCAGUACGAGGACCAGGGCGUUCCAAGAGAGGGACCUGCUCUCCCGGCUGGCCCACCCCAGGGUGGCCUGUCUGCUGGACUUCUUCUCUACACGGAGGACCCUGGUCCUGGUCACUGAAGUCUGCUCUUCUCAUGGUCUUCUUGAUCAUCUGCUGUCAAAGGGAUCAGUCAGUGAGAGAGAGGUGCAGAUGUACAUUCAGCAAAUCCUGGAGGGAGUUGGUCACAUCCACAGCAUGAACAUCCUACAUCUGGACAUCAAACCGGACAAUAUCCUGAUGGUGUUUCCACCCAGAGAGGAGAUCAAGAUCUGUGACUUUGGCUUCUGUCAGGAGAUAGACACUUCCAGACACCAGUACAGCAAGUUUGGCACUCCUGAGUUUGUAGCCCCUGAGAUCAUACAUCAAGACCCUGUCACUAUAGCAAGUGAUAUCUGGUCCAUUGGUGUUGUGGCCUAUUUAUGUCUGAUGUGCCGCUGUCCGUUCAUGGGGGAGACGGACCGGGCCACUCUGCUGAGGGUGGGGGAGGGGACACUGAACUGGGACGCACCUGACCUCACCUACAGGAGCACCGGUGCCCAGGGCUUCCUCCGCACGGUCCUGCAGCCAGACCCAGAAAAGCGACCAACUGCAUUUGAGUGUCUGGGGCACGAAUGGUUCCAGAGUGAACAUGAGGAUGAGACUGAUGAUAUCAAUACAAGGGCUCUGAAAGUCUUCAUCUCAAGGAGAAAAUGGCAGCGUUCUCUGACCUGCCUGGGCUCGGUGCUAAUCUUGAAGCCCAUCCCAGAGCUGCUGGAUGCCCCUCUUCGGGAGACCUCCAUCACAGCCCCCCGAGACCCCCAUGAUCCCAGCAGCACCUCCAUGAGCAGCGGCUCUUCCUCUGAAUACGACGAGGCCGACUCCUGGGACUUCUUCCACCACUGCACCACAGCCGACGAGGAUGAAGACGACGAGGAGGAAGAAUUUGAGCCCCUCAUGGAGAGAGCCAGGAUCCCUGAGCCCUUUGCCAAACUGAAAUUGGAGGAAGAGCAGGAGGAGGGGACCAUGGAGGAGGAGGACGAGGAGGAGGAGGAGGAGGAGGAGAUGGGAGGACAGAGGAGCGUGCUGGAGAGGAGCCUAAGCAGGCAGUCUAUAGGGUCGUCGGACGCCUCACAGCAGCCGACCCCCCAGAGGGAAAGGAGGGUCAGCCGAGAAAGCAGCCCGUCCCUAUACCUCUCCGAGGGGGAUGAUGGCUCCGCGUCUGGGAGUGAAGGAGGCCGCAUCGCCAGGAGCAGCCUGAUCCGCAGCACUUUCUACAACAACUCCACGCAGCUCUCGCCCAUGUCCGCUCGCCACAUGACUCUCAGGGACAAGUUCCAGGCCAAGAAGCAGGAGAGGGGCCGCAAGCCGCUCCGCAGAAGCCUCUCUAGCCGCCUCAACGAGCCUCUCAUUGAGUAUGUGGAGGACGAAGGCGAGACCAAUCAUGGGCAAAGGCGAGGGUCUUUGCAGUCGUCCAUGCUCAAGUCCUGCUCCUUUGACAGCGGGGUCAGCCUCUCGCACAAUGCACCACCACAGAGGAGGAGCAGGUCGUUGGACGAGUACUCCCGACGCUCACCAGGAUCCGCCAAACACAGAGAAGAGGAGAGUGCUUUGAAUCUUAAGGAGGAUUUCACUGACGAGGAGGAAGAGGAGAAGAGCUUGGACGUUCCCCCUCUCCAAGUGAGAGGUAGAAGAGGUUCAGUGGCAGUGGCUCCCAAACAGCUUACGGCCAGGCUUCAGAAACUGUGUGCAAAAUCGCCCCAUGCUGGUCCAGAGAAGAGCCUCAGGCCAGAGGAGGAGGCGGGGAACCUGGCUGGCUCUCAGUACUCCCUGGCUGAGUCCCUCAUCCUGGAGCAUGGCUCUGAGGGCUCCAGCAGGCUGAGCUCUUGUGAGGAGCUGCCCCACGGCUGCCCUGCAGCCACACAAAGAGGGAGAGCAGGGGAUGAGUAUGAUGACCAGGAGGAGCCCCUGAUCACCACAUCCCCCUGCUCCCUGCUCCAGGGGUCUGAGGCUGUGGAAGCUGAUAAGGAGCCACAGCGCCGGAGUGGCCAACUUCAGAUCCCACCGAGAAGGACAACCCACCCCAACCAGAACUCAACGGACAGAAAUAAUGGUAAGGUAGAGAAGACGGUCCGGCCGGUGAAACCCAGCCCCAGCCUGUCCUUUAAGGCCCCAGAGAGACCCUCGAGGGCCAGCGACACAGAGGCACGUCUCCAGAGGCAUGCGUCCACCCCGGCCCUUCAGGCCAAACCGCCCACGGGGAAGUCUCCCAGGAUGUCACCAAAGGUUGGGUUCAUGAAUCUGUUACGUAGGCAGUCCUGGGCGGGGCAUUCCUACUCACAACUGGAGGGCAUGGAGCAGGGACCCACGCUAGGGGAAUUGGAGCCCAAAUCCCCCACCAUGUCACUCAGGAAAAAGAUGAGGGCAUCAGCCUCUAGCCUCACCAAGCUGUUCACUAAAUCGUCCAGCAAGGAGGACUUAACGAAGGGAGGGCCGAUUGUAAAGGGUUCAUCUCCUGCUCCACCUGAGCAAAAGGCGAGCGCUGGCUUGGAGAGUGCUAAAAAGAAGUCCAAAUUAUUUUCAUUUAAAAUACCUAAAAUACCUGCAUUCAAGAAGAACAAAGAGAUGCCCAUCCACCUGACCAGGCCUGAUGUGCACCAGUUGGAGGCAGGUGGAUUUCUGCUGGUAUGGAGACCGGUGCAGUCCAGCGACCCAGUGGUUUACUGUGUUCAGUACAGCACAGACGGUCGGGAGUGGAAGCUACUGUGCGAGGAGGUGACAGACAGUUGCUACGUAGUGAAGGACUUACUCAGAGGAGCAGGAUACAUAUUCCGGGUGGGCUGCAUCACCAAGAAGGGGGCAGGACCUUUCAGUGACCCUUCACCACCUGUUGUUAUGGCAAUCCAUCCUAAAGAGACCCACAUUCCCCUCAUCCAGACAGAGUACCCAGGAUCAAAGGGCAGUGGAUCAAGAGGUCAACCUAGCCACAAGACCUACAGCUUCCUCGCAGAGAUCAACAGGGGUCGUUUCAGCGUGGUGACCCAGUGUCAGGACAGCCAGAGCCAGCAGCUGUUUGCUGCCAAGAUCACCCCCCUCAGGCCAGAAAAGAGAGCUCUGGUGCUCAGGGAGUACCAGCUGCUUAAGAAGCUCAACCACCCCCACCUGGUGCAGCUGCACACGGCCUACAUUACCCCCCACUACCUGGUGCUCAUCCAGGAGCUGUGUGCUGGCAGAGAGCUGCUCUACAACCUGACUGAGAGAGAUCUUUAUGCUGAACUCCAUGUGGCAGAGCUGCUGGCCCAGAUCCUGAGUGCUGUGGACUACCUGCACAGCCGCCGCGUCGUCCACCUGGACCUCAAGUCGGACAACAUGCUGGUGACGGACCGCAACGUGCUGAAGAUUGUAGACCUGGGCUCUGCUCAGUCCUUCACACCCGGACAGACACUUAACAUAGAGGACAUUCUGGGACAAGAGAAAGAGACUCCAUCGUGUGCCUCUCCACAGACAACGGGCAGAAACAGAAUGGCAGAUGGUGUUUACAUUGUCCUUCCUAAAGCUCCAGAAAUCCUCGACGGACAAGGAGUCGGACCUGAGACCGACAUCUGGGCUAUUGGGGUUUUGGCUUUUAUAAUGUUGAGUGCAGAUAGCCCGUUCCAUUCAGACCUCAACUGGGAGAGGGACAGAAACAUCCGGAAGGGGAAGAUCCAGUUUGGCCGCUGCUACCCUGGCUUGUCAGAGGGAGCAAUCAACUUCAUAAAGAACACACUGAGCAUCAAGGCCUGGGAGAGACCCUCGGCGGCGGAGUGCCUCCAGAACCCGUGGGUACGGGGCGAGCGGGCCCCCUCCAAACACACGGACUCCAUCUUGUGUUUCUCCACUGACAAGCUGCAGUCUUUCCUCAAGGAGAGAGAGGUGAAACGAGACCAGGUCCGCACCAAGCUGCAAGGCCCGUUCUUCCAAUAAUUACACUUCUCUCUAAUGUUUAGAGUAGGGCUGUAAGGACUUACACAUUAACUGGCGCUGGGUGAUGUCUCUUCAUAGCCCAGAUCCUGAUCACAAAUAUGUGAUGUCUUGCAAAUGUUGACCUAAAAUGGAGAACGGUCAAAUGUGUGCGUAUCAAUGGCUGCCUGGAGUUUUGUUAAAAGUUUGCCUGAAUGACUUGGACUUUGGCUUUGGUUGAAUUACAGCGCCAUGAUAUCAGGGAAAUGUUUAGUUAAAUGCUUUAUGCAAAUACUGUUGCAUGAGUUUGAAAACAUGAUGAUAUUGAUGUGUAAAAUGCAUCAUCCCUUUGAGUUUGCAGCAUUGGACACUAAACACAUUUUACAUUUACAUUUUAGUCAUUUAGCAGACGCUCUUAUCCAGAGCAACUUACAGUUAGACGUUUGUAAUAACAAAGGCUGUUGCAUCUAGCCAUUCAGAAAAUGUUUGUGUUUUUUUGUGAAUCUUAACAAUAUGUUUGUGGUUCAUUAGCCAAAGGGAAAGAUCAGAGGAUUCAUGUGCCCAAAGCAUAGCAAGGGCCCCUACCAGUAUACAGCUUUGUCUCACAAAGGCAGGAACAUUGAAAUAUUUAUAUAUAAAUAUAGAUAGAUAUUUACACUAUUGCAAUGUUUUCAACUCUUAUUGUUAUGUAUAAAUGCAGAAAUAGAUUAUAUCAAUGGAGAAUAACAUCAUGAGUAAAUUAAGCAUAUUUUUGAUGAUCCUUUAUUUGAUUUCAUGGAGUAUACCUUGUGACAGGUGAUGGAUGUACUGAAAGGCUAAUUAAACAGUAUGUUAGUGGUAA